UCAUUUUUCUUUUCCGCAAAAUUCUCAUACUGUUGAGCGUUUACAUAUGAGUAUAUGACAGGUACAAGCAUUACAAGCUUGUGUUCAGGUGUUCUCACCGUGAGCCGAUCUUGGUCAUUCCCACUGUCUGUAUGCCAUAUUUUUCGUUGACUCAUGUCUCAUAGUUUAUUCGAAAUUGGAUGAUUUACCGUGUAAUGUAUUAUUUUUCAUUCUCUGAUGUCUCCUAGACUUAGAUGUGAAUACAUUAGACAUAAUUGUAUCAUCAGCUUCUAUCAACUCUUGUUCCUAUUUGUAUCCACAGUAUGAACAUAUAAAGCAUCUUUUAACUAUGGACUCAAUUCAUAAUCAAACAAUCAACUUAAAAAUUAAACAAAACAAUACAUUUAUUUGUAGAUAAAUUCAAUUUAACAUGUCGUCUGGUAGUCCUCCAGUAGAUUAUCAAAAGCCCGUAAAAGUUAAAUCUCGAUGGACACAAUCUUGUCAGAUAGAAAUGAUGAUGGAAGAGUCACAGUCUUCAUUAGAUAUGUCUGAUACUGUAACAGAUGUUGAAACAAGUGAUUUAAAUGAUAGUACUGAUUAUAAUUCUGAAUUUAACACUUUAGAAUUAAGCAAAAGUCGUAGGACUACCAGUAAUAGAAGACAUUAUAAACAAUCAAAUCAGAAAAAAAAAAUAAUAACUUCUAAGAAUUUUAAUGAAAAGGAACUAAAAAGGAAUCAAUUAUCUAAUACAUCUGUCAUUGAUCAGGAAGACGAUAUAUCACUAGAAUCUAAUAUCAUUAGAAGACAUGCUUCAAUGGACUGGAACAAUAUUUCAAUUUUUCAAUCAAAGAGUGUUAAUAAUAUGACUGAAAUUAUUGAUAAAUUACCAUUAAAACCUAUUCGUCGAGCCUCUGUACCGUGGAAGUUUAAAUUCUCAUUUAUGAAAGACGUAAAAGAUAAUGUUAUGUUAUUGAAAAAAAACGACUCUUUUAAUUUUCCUAAUGAUUUUAAAUAUUUAAAUUUAAGUGAGAUAUUAUUGAGCAAAGAUGACAAAUUAGCUCAAAAAGAGAAAACGACAGAUACAAAUAUUGCCCAACAAUCAUAUUGUUUAAAUGUCAGUGAUUUUGAUGGCUUGAAUAAUAAAAUAUUAAAUAUUACAGAAUUAAAUGAAAUAUCUACAGAACAUUUAAAUAAGAUUGAGCAAUCUGAUGAGUUGAAUUUAGAUGUAAAGCAUUACAGUGAAAAAAAUAAAAAUACCAAUUUGGAGGUAUCUGGAUUAGAAAAUUUGAAGAGUAAUCCUGUUUGUAAACCCAGGAAAAUUCGUUCUAAAAGUUGUGAUUUUGAGUUAAAAAAAACGUAUUAUUCAUUUAAACGUUGUAAAAGCUUUAAUGACUUAAAUCAACUAAAAAAUUCUGUGACUGAUGCUUUUAAAUUACAAAAACCUGAAAAGAAAUCUCCAAAAAAAAAAAGACGACAGUCAAACAGAAUUAAACCUAAAAAUAAUUAUAUACUUGAGAUACUUGAUGAUAUGAAAGUUCCAGAAGUUAAUUAUGAUCAGGUAGCUGACGAAAUUUACAAAGAACACAAAAAUCAAUUACUUGAAGCAAGAAUUAAUGAUGUAGAAUUUGAUGAAAAAUUAAAAGCUACCAAUUUUACAUUAGUUGAUGAAAAUGUUUACAGACCUAAUAGGCAAGAUUUAAAAUUGUAUCCACCUUCUGAAAUUCCUAUGCUACGUAAGCUGAAACAACGAAUAAUAUCUGGAGAUAUAAACGAUUAUUGUGAAUGUACAUUAUCUAAAAAAGAUAUAAUUGAAGGAAUUACAGGAUGUGAUGAAAGAUGUCUCAAUCGAUUGCUUAAAGUUGAAUGUGGUUCGGGUUGUUCUCUUAAAAGAUAUUGUACUAAUAAACAAUUUCAGAAUAAACAAUUCAAGAAAACUAAUAUUAUUAAAACUGCCAAUAAAGGUUAUGGAAUUUGUGCUAUUGAAGAUAUUCCUAAAGGUGUUUUAAUUAGUGAAUAUGUUGGUGAAGUAAUUGAUUAUAACGAAAUGUGUAAUCGUCUGACAAAAAAAGAAUAUAAAAAUUUGAAUUAUAUGGUUCAAUUAAAUCCAGAUGAAAUUAUUGAUUCUACUUCAAAAGGAAAUGUGACUAGGUUUAUUAAUCAUAGCUGUGAUCCAAAUUCAGUUGGUGAAAAGUGGCAUGUAUUGGGUCAGUCUCGUAUUGGGUUCUUUAGUACUCGGCCAAUUAAAAAAGGUGAAGAAAUCACAUUUGAUUACAGUUUUCAAAUCUUUGGUGAUGGUGCUCAAAUAUGUUAUUGUGGUUCAUCAAAAUGUCGUGGAUACAUCAAUAAAUCAUCUCAAAUUGUUGAUCAUCAUAAUAGUUCUGAUGAUAGUGAAAGCACUAAUGAAAAUGUUUUUGUAUCAAAAUCUGAAGAAAAAAAAAAGAAAAAAAAGAAAUUGCAAAAGAGAACUGCUAAUAAUAAUGAAAAUAAAUUAAGAGAGUUGAGAAGACAAUUAACAGAAAUUGCCAAAUUAAAAAGUGGAUUAAAAGCUGAUCAAGAAAUGGCCACAUUGAAUUUGAAUAGACUUAUGGUACAUAUUACAGAUAGUAUUAGUCGUUUACAUGUCUUAACAUUUAUACGAGAACAUGAUAUGAACAAAAGAUUAUUUAUGGAUUUCAGUGGACUUAGUAUUAUUCAUAAUUGGAUGACAUCAAAUGAAAAUGAAUCAUUUAAAUUAAUGAUUUUGGAAAUCUUAGAUGAACUUCCUAUCACAAACAGAAAUACAAUUACUAAAUCUAAAGUAUUAGAUGUUGUUGCUGAAUGGGCUGAAAUUCCACAAGACGUCAAAACUAAAAUUGAAAGUUUAGAGUAUCCUGCUACAGAAAUUAAAAAUCAUUGUCAAGAAAUUGACAGCUUAUUUUCAAAUGAUAAUGGAAUGAUAAAUAAUCUGUUGGAAAAAUCUAGAGCUUUGUGGAAAAAAUGGAUUGUAUUAAAAAUGGUGUUUAAAAUUCCUAAAAAAAUAGAUCAGCAUAAAUCAGUCAAAGAAAAAUGUUCAAGUGAAGUUAUUAAUGAUUAUUAUGAAUCUUCGAUGAACAUAAGAACUAUUGAUCAAAACACGUUUAGAUAUUCUAAUAAAUACGAAAAUAAAGUACGGAAUCAUCGAACUAUAUAUUUAGAUCGUAGACAAUCCAGAAAAGAAUAUAAAUUUAAAGAACGCCAAAAAAAGCUUAGAAAUAAAGUGAUGGAUAAUUGGUAUGAAAACUUUGAGGAAAUAGAAAACAAGAAAUCUGAUGAAAAUUAUUUACAACAUUCUCAGACAUUAAAUUUCCUUAAUUACAAUAAUUCAACAUUAAACAAUAAUAAUGGAAUUAAUGAACAGGCAAGCUGGGAUUUUUCAUCACAAGCAACAUACAUAGAUCAAAAUUCAAUAAUCAAUUAUAAUAUGCCAAAUUCUUGUUUGAAUUAUAUGCCACCACAAGCAUUAGAACAAUCAUUAAUUCAAUUUCCACAGUAUUCGCAUGUACAGUCUCAAGUUUCAUCUGAUUAUCAUCUAGUUAAUCAACCAACAUUUUAUAAUACUUCUCAACCACAAACAUCUAGUCAACCAUUAGUAACACAACUGCAAAACAUCACUCAAUUAAACAAUAAACCUAUUCAUCAAAACAUUGAACCACUUGAUAUGUCUCCAAAAAAACAAAUAAUUAAGUUGGCUGAAACUAAUGUCUUUAAUUUGAUCAAUGACAGUUUACGUAAGCAUUAUAAUCCUGAUAAAAUUAAAGUUAUUAGUUCAGAAAUAGAACAUUCCGAGAAACCAUGUACCAGAGCUGUGCAAUCUGGUGCAGAUUUAUUAGCAAGAAUUAAAAUUAUUAGUAAUUCUUUUAAAAAUCAGCCAUCAAAAUUAAUUACAGUUAAAAAUUUAAAACAAAAAAAUGAUAAUACAAAUAUUAAAAAGGUACCUUCGUCGGAUAUAAAGUUGAAGACCAUUUGUGAUGAAAAUAAUAGAAUUAUUUUCAUCAAUGAAGAAACUAGUGUGACUUCAAACACAUUAAGCGAAGAUUUGGUACCAGUUCCUAAAAUUAUUAAAACAUCUAAAGAAAAUAAAUUUGCAAAUGCCAUAUUUAAUUCUUUAUUGAAAAAGGUAUUGAUAUCUGAAGAUGAAAACUCAAUACCAAAAACAUUUGUUUCAAAAACCCUCAACUCAAAUAUAAUUACAUAUCACGAAACUGACAAAGAAAUUGAAUUGUACAAUAAUAUGAAACCAAAAGUUUUAAAAAAAAUAGUUGGUCAUUUAAAAACUAAAAAUGGUUUAGCACCUGUCUUUAAACGACAAUGGGGGAUCAAACUGAAAGGUUUAAAAAAAAAUGUUGAUGAAAUACCAGCUACAAAACGUAAUAUAAUGCGUAAGGGUAAUAUACAUCGUUUAGCAUUAAAAAAUGGUCUUGUCAAUAUAACAAAAUCAGCAUUAAAGAGACAAAGUAAUAUUAAUGUAGAUGAUUAUUUAAAAAGACCUAAAGAAAAAAGAGUUACAUUCUGGAUAGAAGGUGAGACAUCACCAAAUUUGUCACACUCAGAAGUAAAACCAAUUAAUUUGAAUCAAGAUACUGUGAAACAAAAGCCUUUAAUGAAGUGUCAUCCGUUUGAAAUACGAAAUGAACCUAAAUCUAUUUUUCAACCUUCUACAUCUGCUAUUCAAGGGGAUGAUAAUUUGCAAAUUCCUGGUCUUGAUUCAAUUAAUGAUCAAAUAAUUACACCCAUUGUUGCAAGAUUCAAAGCAUCAAGAAAUAGGCGUAUUAGUUUACGAGACAAGUCAAAUGAAUUAGAAUUGUUACGAUGUAAAAGAAAACAUAAGAUACCUAUAAGCAUGAUGUCUUUAUCUGUGGACGUAUUAAAGCUUAUUCCUGAUAACAGAAAGGAAAUGAAGAAAGUAAUUGACUAUUAUCAUUCAAUGGCUACUGUUAUAGUAAAGACAUUAGGAUCAUAUGCUAAAAAGACUUGUCAACAAGGACGUAUAAGAAGUGAUGAAGAUUUUAAAUAUCUUGCUAAAAAAAUUAAUGAAAAUGUGUUGUUGAAAGAGUUACAAUUAAAAAAAGUGGACAAAUUAAAAAUAAGUGAUAGUACAAAAAAUAAAGUUUCUGAAUAUAUCAGAAAGUAUAUGUCACGAUUUGGAGAAGUUUACAAAAGAAAACCCAAUGAACAAACUAAUCACAAACUGAAGUAAGUUACAUGGAAAAUGUUGACUGUUUUGUUUUAAUAUAACACUUUAACUGUUAAUAAACUUUGGUUUGAAGUUGUUAUAUAUUAUUUUUUAAUGCUAAGUAUUAAAAGUUAAUUAGAAUUUGAUUUAUUUUAGACUGAUUAGAUCAUUUAUGUUUUUGAUUUAAGUUUUAACUAUUUCUGUGUAAUUUGUAUAGAUAUUUUCUUUUUUUAUGUACAGUUAUAAUUCAUAACUUAUAAUUUACAUUUUUUACAUUUUGUUAAUUACUAUGUUGUUUUUUAUAUUUUGAAAGUACAUACAUAAAAGAUUAUUAAAUUAUUA